AUGUCCACGGUAUCAGAAUACCUCGCCAAAAACUACCUAACCGCCGACCCGGCCCCGACCGACCGCCCCAAGAAAAAGCGCAAGAAGACCGCCCCCAAACCCGAAGAAUCCGGCCUCAUCAUCGCCGAUGACGACCCGCCGGAUCUCCGCGCCGUGUCUGGCGGCCAGUUGAUGGACGAUGACGAAUAUAACCCUGCGAUCGUAUCGGGCGCACGCAGCGGCGGCGGGGGGCAGUUUCGGCGGGCGAAGAAAUCUGGGUGGAAGACUAUUGAUGGUGGUGGUAGUGGUGGUGCAGCUGCGGACGCGGAGAAGGAUGCGGCUGAUGCGAUACUGGCGUCUGCGGCGGCGGAGAGGCGGGCUGGGCGCGGCGGCGGAGAGGAUGACAUGGACGAGGAUGAGGCGCCGGUUGUUGCUGAUGAGGAUGACGAGGGGGUGAGGAUGGAGUCCGGGGCUCGGGCUGGGUUGCAGACGGCGGCGGAUACGGCGGCCAUGGUGGCGGCGCAGGAGCGGAAGAAGAAGCUCGAGGCGGCCAGAUACAAGGACAGUGCCCUCGGGGAGAAGGCGCAGGAGACCAUCUACCGUGAUGCGUCCGGUCGGAUUAUCAAUGUUGCGCUGAAGAGGGCCGAGGCGCGGCGCGCCGAGGAGGAGAAGAAGCAGAAGGAAGAGGAGGCCAGGGAGGCGCUCAUGGGUGAUGUGCAGAGACGCGAGAGGGAGGAGAGGCGCCAGCAGUUACAGGAGGCUAAAGUCAUGCCGUUGGCGCGCACGGCCGAGGAUGACGAGCUGAACGACGAGCUGAAGGCGCGCCAGCGCUGGAAUGACCCCGCGGCGCAGUUCCUCACAAACACCAAGGGCCCCGGCACCAGUGUGACGGGGAAGCCGUUGUAUAAGGGCGCUUUCCAGCCGAAUCGUUAUGGGAUCCGGCCGGGCCAUCGGUGGGAUGGGGUCGAUCGGAGUAAUGGGUUUGAGAAGGAGUGGUUCGCGGCUAGGAAUCGCAAGGGAAGAUUGGAGGCGCUGGAUUACCAGUGGCAGAUGGAUGAAUAA